ACUGAAUCUUUCAAGCGACAACACAAAUACAACGUUAUUUUUAGUCCUUCGGGCCAAGUAAAGUGGAGCCGCAACCGUGUGCUGAUUUUUCUUUUUGGACUCUGAUUUGUUUAACAGAAUAAAAAUAUAAAUACCCGAAAUGAGCGUCUCUAAGAAUCAAUGGGACGAAAGUUUGCCGAAUAACUCGUCAUCCCCGGCGGGAUCGAAAACUUUUGACGGUUUCAAAAUUUCGGUAACCUUCAGCCUCGGGGACGACCAUCCUACUGCAAAAAUUCUGCAGAAUUCAAAUUUUCACAGGAGGCGCAGCCAGUCUGAGGGUUCUUGCGAUUCAUACGUUGUUGGAGGGGAGAUCACGAAGCAAGUUGAAGAAAAAGCUGAGAAUAAAAAAGCCGUAGUGCCCCGAAAAUCACGUAUGGUCCCGUUGGUGGAGAAUUUGAAGAAAGAAGUGAAAGACAUGAGGAAUGAAAUUGAAAAUUACGAAGCAACAGUUGGAAAAUUAAAAACCAAGCUGUGCAAUGUUAUAAGACUAUUAGAAAUGGGUGAUGAUUAAAUUUAGCUUUGGGUGUUAUAAUUUAUCUGUAAAGGCA